GCAGCAGCAGCACCGACGCGCGGCUCGGCGGCACAACACCCACCAAGGCACUAGGCGGUUAGCGUCAGUACUAAGGUGGGCGGCCGUCGGUAGACUCUGGUGUGCGGUUGUUGAACGUUUUAGACGCGAUCAUGUCCAGGGAGUGUCCUCGCGGGUGGUUGUGCACGUCAACGGUAUCGUUAUCACGACGACGAGGCCGAUGAUUUUUGAAAUAAGUUUGUUAUUUAUAAAUAAUUGAAUAAAUAAAUAAUUAAAUUAUUAAUUAAAUAAAUAAUAGGAAAUUGGGAUAAGACUGUUUGAAUAGUGAAUCAAGUGAUAGUGAUGGGUGCUGGUUAAUUUGUUUAGCAAACAAGGUGUCAGAGGAUACUAUUGGAUCUUUAUUUAUUUUCAUUAAAAUUUUUUUUUGUUUAAACUGAUAGCUGGUAACCGGCAGUUAUUUUGGAGUUGCGGUGAGAGUAGUAGUCAGAGUAAUUAUUUUGGGAGACGUAGAGAACAAAGGAAUCUGGAAUUUAAUAUAUUUUGACCUUUCAACAAUGAAUUUGUUUUUUGUUGUUGGGUGUUAAAAAUAGUAAUGAGUAAUGUAUUGAAAAAAAAAAAAGAAAAGGAUACGGGCGCGGUGGAUUGAGGCGCUAGCGUAGAAUAUUAAUGUAGCUCUGCUGGUGAAUUAUUUAAAUUUUUAAAAUAAAUUUAUCCUGGUUAGUAAUAUUUUGUUGAUAUUAUUAUUAUUAUUAUUUGAGUUUCGGUUGUUUUAUUAUUGAAAAACCGGUGAUAAUGAUGUUGAGGACAAUGACGUGGAUUAAUACAGGCAGUCGUGACAUGAAGAGGGUCAAAAGUAGACCCAGUAACACGAUACUGAGUUGGAUUAAACGAGUUGAUUAUUUCUGGAUGGGUUUUGAAUUAUUUUCAAGUGUCGUGAGGUUAUUGAAAGACGAAUCGAGAUCUAAGACAACGAUUAUUAUGCUUACGUUUUUUAUUACGAUGACGACGACGACAUUUUUAAGCUCACCAACAACAACAACAGCAGCAGCAGUAAUUAUUGUUAUGAUGGUUAUGAUGAUGAUUAAUAAAUGCUAGCGCAAACAGUUUCGAUUCGUAAAUAAUAAUAAUAAUAAUAAUAUAUUAUUAGUGAUUGUUAUUUAGUGUUUUUUCAUCUUGUGACGGUGCUGUUUUUGUGUUUUAAUAUAUAUUCAAUUAAUAUAUUUAUAAUAAUACUUGUAAUAAAUGAAUAAAUAAAUAAAUAAAUAUAUAGUGAGAGUGUUGGUGUUUUACAAGACGUAGCAAUUAGUUUUAUUUACAAAAUAAUAAUAAUAAUAAAUGGUGUUUUUAUGAAUUAGUCACGUGACUGGAUGCAUAGGUAACUUAAAUUGAUAAAUGAUUAAAAAAUCAUCAUAAAAAAUAUUAAAAAAACGGUGGAAUGUUUUUUUUAACCUGCUCAAAGUGUAAAAGACUGAGGAUCGGUACCGGUUACGGUGGCGAGUGUGAAGCGGAAGCCGGUUGUGAAUCUCCGAGGCUUACUCCAAUUAAAAAUACCAAUAGCUUAUACUCAUACUCAUCCUCAUCGUCGUCGUUGACGUCGUCGUCGUCGACGUCGUCGUCGCACGUCCUUUACCAUCCCAUAUAUUUGCGAUCCGGUGUCCGGUAGCUCGUCCGUCCUUUCUCAUCGACGCCCCUGGGCAAUGUGCCCACCCGCCGGCAACGCAACGGGUGGACACGGCGUACGAUGGUCAGAGAUGCUUGGACGGACUACGGUGGGAAAGGCGAGUGGCGACGGUGGUCCAGGCUGGGCGGAUUGUUGGCCAUGGCGGUUGUCAUGUCGCUUAUUGUUGCGUCAUUGCCACGUGCAAGCGCAAAUCCUGAUUCAAAACGUCUUUACGAGGAUCUGCUGUCCAAUUACAAUCGCCUUAUCCGGCCAGUUGGCAACAACAGUGAUCGCCUCACGGUUAAAAUGGGCCUGCGUCUAUCCCAGCUCAUUGACGUCAACUUGAAGAAUCAAAUUAUGACGACGAAUGUUUGGGUGGAGCAGGAGUGGAAUGACUAUAAGCUCAAAUGGAAUCCGGAGGAAUAUGGUGGAGUCGAGACAAUCCACGUGCCAUCUGAACACAUAUGGCUGCCGGACAUUGUUCUUUAUAACAAUGCCGACGGCAAUUACGAGGUAACGAUAAUGACCAAAGCGAUACUGCAUUAUACCGGUAAGGUAAAGUGGAAACCGCCGGCAAUUUACAAGUCUUUUUGUGAGAUUAACGUCGAGUAUUUUCCCUUCGACGAACAAACCUGCUUUAUGAAGUUCGGCUCGUGGACAUACGACGGUUAUACGGUGGAUCUGCGUCACUUGAGCCAAACAGAAGACUCGAACGAAAUAGACGUAGGAAUCGACUUGGCCGAUUACUACAUCUCCGUCGAGUGGGACAUAUUAAAAGUGCUUGCGAAGAGAAACGAAAAAUUUUACAGUUGCUGUGAAGAGCCCUAUCCCGACAUAAUAUUUUACAUAACUUUACGCCGUAAAACGUUAUUCUACACAGUAAAUUUAAUAAUACCAUGCGUGGGUAUAUCAUUUUUAUCAGUGCUGGUGUUUUACCUGCCAAGCGAUAGUGGUGAAAAAGUGUCAUUGUCAAUUUCAAUAUUACUAUCAUUAACAGUAUUCUUUCUAUUGCUUGCCGAAAUAAUCCCUCCUACAUCAAUAACGGUGCCGCUUUUAGGUAAAUAUUUAUUAUUUACUAUGGUGCUGGUAACAUUAUCCGUGGUGGUGACAAUCGCCGUUUUAAAUGUUAAUUUUCGUUCUCCGGUAACACAUCGUAUGGCUAAAUGGGUUCGUGUUGUAUUUAUUCAAGUAUUACCUCCAUUUUUGCGCAUCGAAAGACCAAAAAAGGACAACGAUGAUGAUAAUGAUAAUAAUGAUAAUGAUAAUAAUAAUGAUGACGAUAAGGACGAGGAUGACGACGACAAGGCGCCCGAGCUCAUACUCACCGAUGUGUUCCCAAAUGUUAAUGAGACUGACAAGUAUGAAUUGCCCUAUGGCGGUAAAAGGUAUAGUGAGGAUUAUGAAAUAACAGAUUUACCUGGUUUACCAGUAACAAUACCACCAGUACCAGUUCCACCAUCAGUUACAACAAUACCUAAUUCGAGGUACGGUGAUUUACCCAUUCCUGUUGUGGCACCACGUUUUGAUGAAUCUGCAUUGCCACCUCUACCGCUACCUGGCGGUGGCGAUGAUGAACUAUUUGUACCCGCCAGUCCGGGUUACGUUCAUGAAGAUGCUAGUCCGACGUUUGAGAGGCCACUUGCACGGGAAAUCGAGAAAACCAUUGAAGACGCACGUUUUAUUGCUCAACACGCCAAGAACAAGGAUAAGUUCGAAAGCGUGGAAGAAGACUGGAAGUACGUAGCAAUGGUUCUUGACAGAAUUUUCCUCUGGAUAUUUACGAUUGCUUGUGUUAUCGGUACGGGACUCAUAAUCCUACGGGCCCCGAGCCUGUACGACGAGACCAAACCGAUUGACAUUAUUUAUAGCAAAAUCGCCCAGAGGAAGAUGAUGCUGAAGAACAUGGGUCCUGAGGAGGACGACUAGUCGACGAUAACACCCGGCCACAGUGCCGUGGUUUUUAUAAUUAUUGAAUUAAUAUUAUUAAUAAUUAAUAAAUUUAAAUAAUAAUGAAAUCACACUCGUGCCUCGUGGUCAAGUAUUAACUGUGGUACCACACACAUAAACAUCCAUUUAACGAAAAAAAUUAAUAAAUAUUGAAAUAAUAACACACGUUACUAUACCCACUCUUAUAAAUUCUUGCACGCAGGCACGAGGCAGUGUCGUCGUCGACUGUCGUCACUCCUUGUGCACCAAAGUUCACGUCUCGAGAUCCAACGGUUCUUACAUAAUUCAACAGACAUCUCGAUCCAGUUUCAUCAUUAAUUUUAUUACUAUUAUUACUACUGCUGAAAAACCGCCAAAUAACAGUUUUAAAAAUUAUACUAAAAAAGACAAUUAAUAAUAAUAAUAAUAAUUGUUUAAAAAAUAAUUUAUAAUUAUAAUACAAUGGUGAGUCGUGAAAAUCGUGAACAGACACUUGGAGAACGGCACGUUCGCGUGAUAAAUCACGAACGAAAAUAAUAAAAAAAAAAAAAACGACUGCGUCGUUGCCGUCCAUUGUUCUUUAAUAAAAAAAAAAAAAAAUUAAAAAUUAAAAAUAAAUAAAUGAUAAUCAUAAUCACGUUAAUUGAUUGAUGAUUAAUUGAAUUUGAAGAAAUGAAAACAAAAAAGAGGGUAAAAAAUAAAGAAUUAUGAUGAUUGAAAGACUUGGGGCGACGACGGCGGUGGUAAUAAAGAAAGUGCCAAUUAUCCAAAUAAUAAAUAAUAAAAAUAAAAAAUGAUAAGUGAGCCGUAUUUUUGUAAAACCAGGUUUCAUACGUAAAGGCUAGAGCCACCGCGACGAGCGAUUUUGUCGGGAGACUUGCCGAACUGCCGCAUUUUAUAAUUGAAUGAGUUAUCUUAAACAAAUAUGUAAUAUUAGUAAUAAAUAAUAAGUUAAUGAUAAAAUAAUAAUAAUAAUAAUAAUUGAUAAUUAAUUAUUUGCAUAAUUAAAAUUAAGAAUGACGAAUAACUUUCACCUAAGACACAGCAUUAGUACACGCACAAUAUGGGGGGUAGUCACCCUCGCUCUUCUCUUCGUCAAAAAUAAAUAAAUAAGGACGAGAAGAUCGAGUCCUGAGGUUAAAUUAUCAGGCAUAAUUAUGAUAUCUUUAUUUCAAUUUUUUUCAAAUUAUUUUCUAAUAUCGUUAUAUGUGAUCACGAAAUAGUCAUGUAUAGUAAAUAUAGAAUUUGCAUUAUUCGCUUAUCAAAUCAUAAUUAAGUAUCAGAAAAUCAUGAAAUUUCAAUGAAUAAUUGUAUUUUCUUGUCAAAUACAGUGAUCACAGAAACAGAUGUCGUUAAAAAAACGACUAUUUGAAAACUGCCCUUGCCUAUGAUUUUAUGUGGUCACACAAUUAGUUUGUGAAAAAAUUAUCUAUGGCUUGAAAAUAGUUACAAUAAUAAUGAUAUCUGAUUAUAUCUGAUGAUGUAAAUAAUAACUAUCGGAAAAUUGUAUAAAAAUAAAAAAAAUUAGACAAAUACAUCGCUUGUAAAAACAACUGCCAAUUUAAAAAUGGCCUCUUAUUCCAUCGUAGUUGGGAGGCGAGAAAACCCACUAGGGUCGAGGAAAAGGGUGAGGGGCUAUGUAUUCAUAUAUAUAUAUAUAUAUAUAUAGGGUAUAUAACGGGGACGGAAGGCCGGGGUUGAGAAAAGGAGCUGGCGAUAGAACGGAGUUGACUGUAAAAGGGAUAAAAGAGAUGAGAAAGAGGUAAAAGGAAUGAAAAAAUAAAAAAUAUAUAGCAGGGCGUGGAUAUUCGAGUUUGACCGAGAGAAAACUCUUUGGAGCGUUACCAAAAAAUUCGGUCUUCGAGAUGUCGCAUGACCGUGCCAAAGUCUUGAUUCUUAUGACGGUAAAAUAGAAGAGACAGAGUUGUUUUAUAUAUAUAAGCACACAGACACCAACUUAAAAGAAUAAAAAAUGAUAUAGAGGAAGCGGAACCAACUGAGGAAAAGAUUGAAAGGUUAAAAUGAAUUUCUUGUGGUGUUCGAAGUGCGAUAUCGACGAACAGAAGCCAAAACUGCAUACUUUGGACCUUGAUAUCGUGCUCGAGAUACUUGAUAUUUUAUUUUAGACUUGGUAUUGAAAAAUAUACGAGUAGUUAUUUGCGCGAGGGGAUUCAGAGAUAAAUUAAUUUCUUUAAACAAAAUUAUAGAUUUCAAUGUUUUAUUAUCAAUUGUAUAUCUAUAUGUAUAAAUAAAUAGAUACAAGUUUAAUAUAAUAUCGUUUUUGGGAACUUACGAGAGUUGUUUAUUAAGUUUUUAUUAUAAAAAAAAGAAAAAUAAACAUAAAAUUAACAAUUGGUGGACUACGGUGCUUCCAACCCCCUACCCCCUCGCUGCGGUUUUAAUAAUCAAUUUGUUUGCUCAUCUAAUGAUAAUGAUUAAUUAUUAAUGUUAAUGUGCAUAUAUAUAUAUAUUAUGUAAUGAUAAUUAUAACGAUAAAGUAUAACUUGAAUAGAAAGUUGUAUGGUAAUAGUAAUUAUUAUUAUUAUUAUUGAUACAGUGAUUGGCUAAUCAGGAAUUGGUUAUUUGAAUAACUAUGUGAAAUUAAACAAAAUUAAUUAGUAGAUAAAAUUUAUUAUUAUUGUUAUUAUUACUCGGUAUGUUUAGUAGAUGAUUUUGAAUUAUGAGAGGGCAUUGGUAUUUUUUUUAAAUUAUCUAACUAUAGUAUUUGAUUUUAGUCUAAGAAUCAUUAGUUAUAUUUAUUGAUGAUAUCUGAUACAGGCUUUUUUUAAAUCGAAGCUAGACAAAUUUUUGUUUUUACUAUAAAAUCAGCUAAAACUUGAAAAUAAAUUUAUUUUGCUCUUAUAUAAAUUAAGGGCCACUAAUGAUCAGAUAAAAAAUCAUAAUUUAAGUUCCGUGAGUUCCGAAGUUUCAAAAAAAUCACUGCAUACAGAGUAAAUAGGGAGUUUAUUUUUUUAGCUGACUAAUUUCAGGGUGAUCUGGAUGUUAUUUAAAUCUGCAUUCACUCCGGAUUUACUCCACGUUCACUCUGCUAAUUUUUAAUAGUUUAUAGUUUUAAAUAGAUCCAAAUUUUGAGUAACAGAAAUUUGUAUCAGAUAUAAUUAAACUAUAAAAAAAAUUUUUUUCACAUAAAACUAAUUCCGUUAGAUAAAUUGAAGCAAAAAAAUUUUUCAAUUGUAUAGAGCACUAGUUAAACAUAAAAAUAAAUUUUUUAACUGCUUAAUAACAUAUAAAUAUAUAUAAUGUUAACAUUUAUUGAUAAUUUUAAUAUAAUAAUCAUAAUAACAAUAUUAUUAAAUUAUUUAAAAUUAUUAAUUACAAUUAAUUAAAGUGUAUAUAAAAAUUUUUUAUUGUAAAAAUAUAAUUAUAAUUUAUUUAAUUGUAAUUAAAAUUCUAUUAAAUAAUAAUUAUAAGUAAAUAAAAGUAAAAAAUAAAUAAAAUUGGAUUUAAAUAGAUUAUUUGUUGGAAAUUAUGAAAAAAUAGACGCGACAGAGCGAAUGAGUGCAUGAAUGUAUAGAGUAACGUUAAGUAAAACUCAUCGUGACAGCAACUGCAACAAUAAUAAAUUAAUACAUUAGUUAUUUAAAUAAUAUUAUUAUUGUCGUAAUAAUAUAAUAAGCAGUAAUAUAGUAUUUGGAAAUGAUAAAUAAAUGGAUUAUAAAGUGUACCUAUGUUUAAAAAAUAUAUAACACACAUAUGUAAUUAUGUAAUAAAUUUAAAUUUGAACGCGUGUAAUUAAAUAAUUUUAAUUUACAAUAAUUAAUCAUUGUUAAAAAUUAAUUGUGUUGUUGAUUUAAUUUUGACUAUCGAUUGAUCGACUUUUAUUUAAAAGACACCAACGCUCAAUUUUAAAAUAUGAACGUUUAAUUUUUUUUUUACGUAACAAAACUUUUUCUCACUUGUUUGUUUCAAUUGCGGAAAUCGUCGUUCAGAUAUAUAGAUAUAUACUAGUAUAUAAACCGCGUUUGUACGUAUUUAACUGAUAGUCAAGUGUUUACUGUUUAUCCUUUCCAACUCGGCGAGUACUUCAGGUCGAUCGAUCAUCUUGUCAGUUAAACAAAACGACAAAGCCAAAUGAAAAUAAAUAAAUAGAUACUUACAUAAGUUCAAAUUAAAAAAUUUUAUAACAAAAAAAAAUAAAAAUGAAUUUUCCUGUAGUUUAUUUAAUUUAAAAAUUUUUUAAUUAAUAAUAUUAAAAUACUGUUCGAUAUAGUAUUUAAUAAACGAUAAAUAAAUUUUUUAUAAAAAAUAAAAAAGCUCAACAGACAAACUCAAAGCUCAAUUUAAAUGAAAAUUUCAAAAUAAAAAAUUCAACGUUCGUAAUAAUUGAGUUGUUAUUAUUUUUGUUCUACUUAUUUAUAACCGGAGGCUUUAAUUAUUGUAGCAAUUAUAUAAUAAAUUAAAUUAUUGAGUUAAAUUUGAUACAAAUGUAAAAUAAAAGCCAAUCAAUCGAGUCAAAGGUCAAAUGUAAAUUUGAUUCAAGUGAAAAUGAUAAUUAUUUAAAUAAAAAUGUAAUAAUAAUAAUAAUAAAAAGAGGAAAUUUAAAAUUUAAAAUUAAAAUAAACAGAAACAAGAAACUAUCGCAUGUCUUCCUGGGAGUAGCCUACGUCGUAAGACUUGACGCUCGUUCCUCUUAAAUAAACUGAGCGAGUCGACAAAACCGACGGAUCGAGCGAGGGAUUUAUUAGCCCGCCCUUUUACAACUGAGCUUUUCUAACCUCUCCUAUACACGUCUGUUUACGCGUACACGCCCUUAUGACCUAUUUUUCAACCAUAGAAAUCAUACCAUAAAUAAAUAACCCAUCAAAAAUUUUUAAUUAUUUAAAAAAAAAAUUCCAGAUUUUUAUGCUCAGAAAUAACUUUUUCAUAGUGACAAAACAUCUUGAUUGAGUGUAAGUUCUAAAGUGGUCCCAGUAAGAGAAUGCACUUCGGAAAUUGCUCCCACUACCAAACAUUUAUGAACUGCGCAUGCGCACAGAAAAGUGGGAGAACAUUUAGCACAUAAAACAUCUAGAGUGGGAGUAAAAACCGACGACACCCGAGGUGCAUUCUUUUCGUGGGAUGACAAUAGGUGUCGUGUUUGCUGCCCGAGCCUCCGGCUUGUGAACCAACAUGCUUUUGAACUCAUUCCUAAUAUUCCUAUUAGACGUAUUAAUAGUUUUUGUAUUAAAUGCUCAAAGAAUAUGCUCUAAUAAUCUUACCGAAGGCAUUCUUUGAACGUAAGGUUAAAAAAAAUUCAAUUUGAAUAAAUAAAUUUUUGUGCAUAGACGGAAAAGUUCAAGGACGAAAUUGACAGAUAUUAAUUGCAUAAUAUUCAAAUUAAUUACCGUAAUAACUAAAUUAAUAAUUAAAAAAAAAAAACAUUGAUGAUUUUGUUGACAAUUAAAAAAUAAAUUCACAUAAAACUGAUAGUAUUGUUAAGACAAUCAGACUUUUAUUGCUCCUGGUCAUCGUUUAUUAAUAAAUAAAAAAAAAAAAAUUAUCAGAUAACGUUGACUUAUAGAUUACCGCAAAAAUUAGCACCAUCGCUGUUAAUUGAUUAACUGAUAAUAUAUCUGGCUCAUAGAUAAAAUCCCUUAGAAAUUAAAUAAAUGACAGAAAUUUCUUUUUGUUUUCUUUUAAAUUAAAAAUCCCCGAGUCUUCGCCCCCGCGAUCUUUUAACAAAAAGCCGAAUAAUAAAUAAACACAUAAAUUAUUCAGUAGAAUUCAGAAAAUACGUAAAAAUGAUGUAAAAUAUAAUAAAUUAUUAUUAAUAAAAUAAUAAUAAUAAUGAUAAAAGGAAAAAAAAAAUGACGGCAAAAUUUUUUGUACGCCUAAUUUUUUCUACAUUCAAAAUCCACAUAUUUAAACAUACUUAGUCGAUAAUCAUCGAUAAAUAAACAGGAUUUGAAGUAAAUUUAAUAAAUAAAAAAAAACAAGUAGUGAAAAAUAAAGUCAUAUGAAUAAAAAUAAAGGCAAGCUCAAGAAAUAAUAAAAAUAGCACGCUCUUAGAUGAUAUUUAAUAGAAAAUAAUAUAAUUUUAAAAAUUGGGUGAAAGUGUGUUGAUAAAUAUUUAUAAUCAUAAUUAUAUAUAUACAUAUAUGUAAUUAUAAGUAAUUAACGAUAAUGACAUAUAUAUAAAAAAACAUUAAUGAGUGUUUUGUUAUCCUGCAAAUGGAAAAGGACAUCAAUAAAAUAAUGAAAUAAAAAAUUAUAAAUAUAGAAUUAAUAAUUAGUUUAAAGUGCAGUAAUAAAUUGAUUAAAUAUUAAUAAUAAUUAUAAUUAAUUAAAAUAAAUCGGUAUCGAAAUGUAUACAGUUUAAAUGUUUACGAUAUAAAAUUACGGGUAAUUAUUAAGAAAUUAGAAUUUUUCUAACUAAUCAAUUUAUUAUCAUUAUUAUUAUUAUUGUUAUUAAUUGUUAUUAUUAUUAUUAAGAGUGGACUCGUAGACAUAAGUAUAUAAUAACGACCUAAGGCAUUCAAACAAACUGGAGAGGGAAUAAAAAUU